GAUGAAGAGCGUCAAGCAUGUUAUAGACGAGAUCAUGCAGCAGGAGAUCCGGCCGCUGUUGGCUGUGGACAUCAUCGAGCAGCUCCAUCGACAGUUCGCCGUCCUCUCAGGAGGAAGAGGGAAGGACGGCGCUCCGAUCAUCACCUUCCCGGAGUACUCAGGCUUCAGCGAGGUCCCGGACGAAGACUUCCUCAAUGUGGUCACCUACCUGACCAGCAUACCCAGUCUGGAUGCUGCGAGUAUCGGCUUCAUCAUCAUCAUCGACCGCAGGAAGGACAAAUGGAGCGCGGUCAAGGCCUCUCUCAACAGGAUUGCUGGAGCGUUCCCAGGAAAUCUGCAGCUGGUGUUGGUGCUCAGACCCUCCAGGUUUUUCCAAAGAGCCAUCGCCGACAUCGGAAUCAAACUGCACAAAGAUGAUUUUAAGAUGAAGAUUGUAAUGCUGAACUCAGUGUCGGACCUGCAUAACUAUGUGGACAGAACACAGCUGACCCGAGAGCUGGGAGGGCAUCUGGACUACUGCCACAGCCAAUGGAUACACCACAGGACGGCCAUAGAGAAUUUUGCAGUGACGGUGAAAAGCACGGCCCAGAUGCUGCAGAGUUUUGGCACAAAUCUGGCAGAAACAGAGCUGCCCAACGACGUCCAAUGCACCAAAGACAUGCUGCUGUCUCACACUGACAAGCACAACAAUCUCAAGGAUGAGCUGAAGCUGGCUCUGAAGCAGGGCACCACACUGUUGGGCUGUAUAAAAGAACAAGCCGGGAAGUCCGAGUGCCGCAAACUCAACCCAGACGAGAUGGAGAACCAGACUACGGUGGAGAGACUGCUGGCUCAGUUGGAUGAGACGGAGAAUGCCUUUGAACAGUUUUGGUGCAAACAUCAUCUGAAAUUGGAGCAAUGUCUGCAGCUCCGGCACUUUGAGCAGGACUUCAGAGAGGUGAAAGUGUCUCUGGACAGUCUGCUGGUGAGCCUGAGUGAGCUGCCGGACACUGGGGACUGUGUGGCCCGAGUGGAGCAGCUACUCAAGGAGCUCAAGGCUCUGGAGGAGAAGGCUCAGGUGUCUCUGGAGAAGGCCCAGCUCCACGCGCAGCAUGGGGACCAGCUCAUCCAAAGCGACCACUACGCCGUAGACUCCAUCAGGCCCAAAUGUGUGGAGCUGAGGAGGGUCUGCGACGACUUCAGCAACGAGAACCAGAGGAAACAGGAAGUGCUCACCAAGUCCCUCCAGAUACUGCAGGGCAUAGAUAAGGUUAACCAAUGGUGUGAGUCGGGGAUCUACCUGCUGGCCUCUCAGGCUGUGGACAAGUGCCAGUCUCAGGAGGGAGCAGAGUCUGCGCUCAGUGACAUCGAGAACUUUCUGGAUUCAGCUCAGAAGAACCAACUGACAGAACUGAGGAACCUGCACAACCAGAAUGAGCUGGUGCUGUCCGAGGACCUUAAGGUCAGUGUGCUGAAGGCUCUGAAGCGCCUGGAGGACGUGCAGGAGAUGUUUGAGAAGAGGAACGUGAGUUUGAAGAGACUAUCUGCCAAACAGACCAGACCAGUGCAGCCCGUAGCCCCCAGACCAGAGUCCUCCCCCAAGAGACCCUCCCUCAAGAACACACGCAGCACUGGAGGGCAGCAGCCUCUUGCCCGCCGUUUGUCUGAUAACUCCAAUAAUGGCAAACCCCCAGUAGACAAUGAUCCCAACAAGAAGAAGAACAUACGCAAAGCUGCCAAAGGAGGCAUCAAGAUUGAGGUGAUGCACGAGGGCAGCCAGGGCGGAUCCACCCAACUGGUCCUGACCAAUGAGACGGAGGAGAGUCUGUCCAACCGACGCAGACACAUCAUGACGGAGCUGAUAGAGACGGAGAGGCUGUAUGUGGAGGAGCUUCAGAGCAUCAUGGAGGGUUACUACUCAGAACUGGACAACUCGGAGCUGAGCCACCUCAUCCCCCCAUCGCUGGAGAACAAGAGAGACGUGCUGUUUGGAAACCUGCCCGAGAUCUAUGAAUUUCACAACAAGACGUUUCGAGGGGAGCUGGAGAACUGUGCCGAGAAACCUGAGCUUGUGGGAACCUGUUUUCUCAAAAGAAAAGAGGAGUUGAAAGUGUAUGAGAAAUACUGUCAGAACAAACCACGGUCUGAGGUGCUCUGGAGACAGUGUGGAGAUUCACUCUUCUUCCAGGAAUGCCAGAAGAAACUGGACCACAAACUGUCUCUAGACGCCUACCUCCUGAAGCCUGUGCAGAGGAUCACCAAGUACCAACUCAUGCUCAAGGAGAUGCUGAAAUGCAGUAAAGGAGAGGGCUGUGCUGAGCUGGAGGAGGCUCUGGCCACAGUGUUGGACAUCAUCAAGUCUGUCAAUGAUUCAAUGCAUCAGAUCGCCAUCACUGGAUAUGAGGGAAACCUGAGUGAGCUGGGGAAGCUGCUAAUGCAAGGAUCCUUCAACGUGUGGACGGACCACAAGAAGGGACACAGCAAGGUGAAGGACUUGGCACGGUUCAAGCCCAUGCAGAGGCACCUGUUCCUGUACGACAAGACUCUGCUGUUCUGUAAGAAGAGAGAGGAGACCAGCGAGGGCCACGAGAAGAGCCCCUCCUACAGCUUCAAACACUCACUCAAGAUGAGCUCUGUGGGCAUCACCGAGAACGUCAAAGGAGACAUGAAGAAGUUUGAGGUCUGGUUCAACGGUCGAGAAGAAGUCUACAUCAUCCAGGCUCCCUCCAUGGACGUGAAGAACAUGUGGGUGUCAGAAAUACGCAAAGUCCUUCAGGGCCAACUCGAGGCAUGCCGAGAGGCAAAUCACCAAAAAUUCUCAGACAACAUCUACGGAGGCCCCAUCAGAAAUGUGAAGAAGAUGGCUCUGAGGCAGUCCGAUUCGUCCAGUCCAGAGAGCGGCUUUAGGAGGACCAACCCCAGUCCCAACACCAGGCAAAAGAGAGCUGACCCCUCUGUGAGCCAAUCAGCUGCUAACGCUCGGAAACGCUUCAGCUUACAGGGGCUGUCCAAUCGGAGGUCGCUCCCUGCAGAGCCCACAGUUAAAGAGACAGAGGUCCCACGUCGUUUCUCCCUCACCUCCUCUUUAGCCACUUCCACUUCCUCCACUUUCGCCGCUCGACGAAACAAAGGUCCGCUCUCCGCCAGUGUAAAGAGCAAGAGGCACGAGAUUAAGAGCGACCCCACACCUUUCGGUUACGAAGACACGCUGCGCGGUGCUAUGGCUUCAGUGAGGAAAAGGCAAAGCAUCAUCAGUGAUACAGGGGCAGGAGCUCCGAAUACUGUCCCCAGAUCUACCUCCCAACCAGGCUGGACGCAGCGUCGUCUCCCCUCCAUGGACACAGAGGACUUUGAGACCAUCCCGUCCAGCGCAGAGGAAUCGUCCAACUCUUCAGAGGAGGAUGGCAACAACAAGAACGGGGACAGCAGUCGUUAUCGCGUCCAGCUGACCUACGAGUCCCGUGACCCCCGCGACCUCUCUCUGGAGUCUGGGGAGAUGGUGCAGUUCCUGGAGGAGGCUGAGAACGGACAGUGAUAUCUUCAGUGACCUGUGCACGGCCGCGCUCUCGGACUCAGACGAGAAUGAAGCAAGCACAUGGGGAGACAUUUCUGAGGGACGCUGAGAAACCUCCAUGUUUGUAGUUUGUUUGUUUUUUCUAUUGGACUACAAGACACUGAUGUAGCAUUAUAAAGACUUAGCCACAACCCCAAAAGGCUGGAUUUUACACACUGAAACUUAACUAUUGAGUAACCUGCACUUGAAAACAAUUACCACCUGUUAAUAUUAAGGACUAUUUGGGAAUUUUUUUCUUCCUGAAAACCAAGCUGGAAUGUCUGCUGCCUGAAAGACCUUUUGCAUCGUCUUUCCUCACAAGAUUAGUCUUCACUUUCUACUUUUUAUCUGCCUGUUUUUGUGGAUUAAAAAUGGAGAACUUGGCAGAAGCUUUGACACAAAAUAAUAUUCUUUCUCACUGAUGUUAUUUAAA